AUGAAUCGUCUUCUGAUAGAUAGUGGCAUUGACGAGGAAGACACUUGGGAUUUCGUAUUCGCCGACAGCUUCGACCACUAUUACGAUGAACCGUCAACAGUCCCAGUAAAGGCUCCCAGCAACCCAAACUCGCCUUUUAUCUCAAAGACUCCCAAGGAGUGUAGCCGAUUGCUCUUGGAGCUUUGCGAAGACACCGAUUCGGAAAUCAUCCCUCACUACUUUAUGAUUAUGGAUGAGAGAUCACUGCGGGAUGAUACUGUACUGCUCGUGAGUGCGGGAAUAGAGGCGCCAGUAGAAAUGGUUCGGGCUACUUUCGGAGCGUCCGCUCAGGCGAUUGUGCUGUAUCUUACGGGGCAUAGAGGUAUCGAAGAAGAUAGCGAGAGCGCUGCAGAAGAAGAAGAUGGUGUUUAUCACGGGGGUAGUCUUGUAACAAUACCUUAA